AUGCGAUCGUGGUCCUACACCAAAUAUGGAGGUCCUACAGUCAUGCAAAUGAAUGAGCAGCUGAAUCCGGAUCUACGCGGACCAAAGGACGUCGUGGUCAAAGUUCACGCAGCGGCACUUAACCCCAUUGAUUACAAACGACGUCAAGGAGUUUUAAAGAUGAUUCUGCAGCAGCAGACGUGGCCCCAUGUUGUCGGCUAUGACUUUUCUGGAGUGGUAAUUUAUUGUGGAGAUGACGUGGACAAGGUUGUACGUGGCGACGAGGUGUUUGGUAUGCUGUCGCAUAAUGAUAAUGGAGCUCUGGCGGAUUUUGUUGUCGUGAGAGCUGAGUACAUAAGUAAAAAACCGACGAAUUUGACCCACGUGGAAGCUGCUGCUUUACCACUGGCUGGACAAACAGCUCUUCAAAGCUUUCGACUGGGACAGCUGGCGGAGAACAAGAAGAUGCUGAUUACUGGCGGAGCUGGUGGCGUCGGAUCGAUUGCUAUUCAAAUUGCCAAAACUGUCUUUAAGGCGCAGACUGUUGCAACGACCUCAAGCACCAAAAAGAUGGAGAAGUUGCGGCUACUUGGAGCAGACUACGUCGUAGACUACGGACACAAGCGUUUUGAGCGAGAAGUGGCAGACUUCGACUUUGCUCUGGAUUGCACAGGAGAGGCCAAGCAGUGCUUCCAGUGCAUCCUACGCGGUGGCACUGUCGUAUCAAUCUCAGAGACGCCGACGUGGAAGUCGCUUUCAACUUGCGGUGAUCAGCAAGGCGUUAGCGUCUCGUACUUCUUGGGCGCUAUCUUGGACUGCCUCAGCAGCUCAGUGACUCGUCGUGCACGUCAAGCUCAGAUCACCUACGAGUACUUGUUUGUGGUGCCUGACGGCGCAACUAUGGACGAAAUCGGCCAACUCGCCAAACAGCGCGUGAUUACACCUGUUAUCGACAAAGUGUUUCCGUUUGAAAAGGCUGACAUGGCAAUGGAAUACUUGGAAGCAGGUCACGCCACGGGAAAAGUAGUCGUGCAGCUCGUUGAUUGA